AUGACAAGAUGUGCCAGUGAGCGAAUUAAUGUUAAGCGUGGUGAAAUAUAUGAAGAUUAUGAUGAAUACAUUCAUGUAAUAAGAUAUCUCGACCUUGACCGUGGAGACUUUUGUUGUGAUGAAAUGUGUAAUAACUUGUUAGGCGAAGGAGAUGGCAGAUUAUUGUCCUUGAUGUGGGAAAAAACUUCCCAAAAGUCUUCUCGGAGUUCAAAAGUGAUGAAUGGUGAAAAAAAAGAGGUCUAUAAUGCCCCCUCUCCAAUUAACAAAUCUACUUUUAGCCGCAAAAAGCCUCCUUUUGCGGCUGGGGUUAUUCUAAUAAUUGA